AUGAAGCGACACGGCAGCACAAAAAAGAAAGAGCCUCCUCGGACCUUCAUCACCCAAGAGGCCAGACACGCAGCCCGGACAUCGCCAAACGUAUACCCGCGGUUAGUCACUGAACUGACGCGGGCAGAAGUGAAGCAGCUAACGGAGGUUCUACACCUAGACAACACGCACGACCAUGCCUCACAGCAGGGAUGCAACAUUCAAAAGAUGAUCGAAGCACUGCCGAAGCGUCUGCGCAAGGAAUGGUCCUUCUCCAUGCGCUCGAUCCAGUCAAGGUGGCAGCCCAGCACGCUGUGCGAGGUGCAUCGCUCGCUGAAUCCGGACUUGAUCAACGACAUCCUGCGCCUUGUGCAAAAUGAGGUCACAGUGCACCUCCGCAAGUUCGAAGCAUUCCCUCAACUCGUCGGGUCCGUUGAGCAGGAGAUCCUGUCUAGUCUCCAGGCCCUGAAAGGAAUGUGGACCAGACCUGGGGCUGGCCGGCCUGUGGCACCCAUGGCAUGGGCGUACCAGAUCAACGGCUGUGCGGCAUGCAUUGUGGCGCGCAUUGCGGCGGACAAGUACACGGUUCGCAGCCUGUUCGUGGUGCUGCAAAGCCGGACCCGUACUUGCAAGAAGCACCGUCUGUGCCGGCUGAUGCCCUUCAUCGAUGAGAGUCUGAAUCGUUUCGGCGCUGAAUCUGACGGAUUGCACGGCACCGCCAAUCAGCUGGCCAACACGCUCAAACUCACCCGGAAACGCUGUAUUCGGGCCUGGCACGAGGAUCCCAAUCGCGAGCACAGAAGUCAACAUCACAAGAAUGGGAAGACGACUUCGAAGCACCACAACGACAGUCAUGCUCUGAAGGAUAUUCUCCCUCGACCAGAUCCAAGCUCGGUAGUAUCACCUCAAAUCACCCCCGUGCCAGUGAAGAACCCUGGUCGCUCCGGUCAAGCAACGGUCUCGUCGUCUUCUCAAAAUGGGGGUGCCCCCAGGAACAUAUUCUGGGACAAGCGACCCCAACGAUCCAUAGCUGCUGGCCCAGCAUCCAGAAACAUCAGCCGCCAAACUAUUCCAGAGCGACCCGUAAACCCGGAGCCUCCAAGGACGAUCCCAAGCCCAGCGGUUCCCAACCCACGAAGAGCCCUAUCGCAAGCCCAGGCGCACAGCAAAUGGGGCUCCGACAUCGACGAGCAGAUCGAUGAACUGAUCCAGUCGUACCAAACACUCGGAGUGCAAGACAAAUCCUUGUCUUCACGGAGCAGGAAUCCAUCGACGAUUACGCCGGCCGAACCCAGGAUGGGCGAGCAGCGCAGAUGCACCAAGACCAGUACGAAGCGAUGCAGUGAGUUCCCCAGUGCUCAGCAUCACCAGUCCACGGGCUCUGUGGAGGUUCCACUGGUUUACCAGUACUCUCCGUCUGAGUACUCGGACAGCGACUGGACGGAUGUGCCGUGUGAGGAUGAGGGCUAUCAGCCGCCACGGCGACAGUGGGAUCCGUCGCCGGCUAUGACGACCUGGAGUUUGGUUUGUGAUGAGGGGAAUGUUAUUUGA